AACUUACAAAGCGUAGGAAAAUAUAGUGUGUUAAAAAGGAUAGACAAGACACAAAGAGUUGUAGAUUUUCACCUUUACUAUAAUUAUUUACCACUAUUGCAACACCUUGUACUGUUAUAUCCAUCCUCAUUGCUUCGCCGUAGACAAGCUAAAAAGCUGCAAUAAAUAAAAUUGCGAUGGCCAUGGCUUGGCCAUCCCAAUUUUAACUUACUUUUGAGACAGGAAAUAAACAGGAAAGUGAUGGUUUUCAGUAUGAAGUUACUAAUUAUGACUGUGCUAUUUUACUAUGGAUGCUGUGAGGACACGGUGAUUGUGAGGGAGCCCCCCGCGCGCCCCGCGCCCCCCGCCAACAGGAUCAUCGGGGGACACCCCACCACCGUCAAGACAUACCCUUACAUGGCGUAUUUAACUUCAUUUUUUACGAAAAAUCAAUGACACUACAGCUGCUACUGGCACUACCAUCUUGAGGGCAUCUAAAGUUGUCAUUCGCGUCGGAUCUACCUACAAUGACCGCGGAGGCUCAAAGCAUGAGACGUCCAAGUUCGUGGUUCACGAGAGCUAUACCUUACCUUUUAACGACGUGGCAGUGUUGGUGCUGUCGGACAGUAUAAGCAAUUACCGGAGCAGCUCGGUGCAGCCAGCCGUCAUCCCCCCGGGGGGGUAUGUGGUCCCGGACAACGCGUCUGUGGUAGCUGUCGGGUGGGGAUGGACUGAUAUGAAAUGCAUCAAGUCAAGCCCCAUCGGCCUGCGACUCGUGGGGCUGCGCAAGGUGGACCGAGACACCUGCGCCGCACGUUAUCCGAGAUUCUCAUACAACAACAUGCUCUGCGCGGGGCUGCUUGGUGUUGGAGGAGCCGGCACUUGCAAGGGUGACUCCGGUGGUCCCCUGGUGUACAACGGGGUGGUGGUGGGGGUGACCUCAUUUGCGAUGAGAUGCGCCGAUUCCUUCUACCCUCACGUGUUCACGCGCGUCUCUAGCUACACCAACUGGAUCAACAACACUUUACGACAAAACCAGGUUGAGGUUGUGCACACAGCUCAGUCACAACACCGCCGUGGCUGCUGACGUCAGCAGUUUGAUGCUACUCGCCUUCGUAACCUCAAUAUGGAUAAUGUAUUCCGAAAUCAUUUAUAUUUGAAUUAAGUACCGUACCGAUGAUGAUUUAGGUACGAUUUAUUUUCUAAAUUUAUACAGAAUAAUUCACAAGUUUGGAAAUUCAUAUUGAAAAAGUGGCUUUUAGGUGAGUAGAUAUACAUAUUUUUUGCAUUUCCGUUUAUUAUGUUUUUUGUUCUUCUCUGAGCAACUUUUGUUAAGUAACU